AUGAGUGACAAUCAUAUACUUCGACCAAUUGAUAAAGAAUUUUAUGUAGAACGUGGUGGAAGCUGUUGUUCUAAUUCAGUUGACUCUACAUUUUCCUUUGAAACAGAAAUAGAUCAUAGCGAUAAAGUAAUUGAAAAAUUAUCACAUUUAUGUUUCUCUGAAAGUUUAAGUGAUGUAACUUUAUCUAUUAGUGGAACUAAAUUACCAGCUCAUAAAAUGGUUCUUGCAUCUAGAUCAGAUUAUUUUAAAAGUUUAUUUAAUUCUGGUAUGAAAGAAACCGUAUCUAGUGAGGUAGUAUUACAUGAAAAUAAUAUACAGGCUUUGAAAAUAUGUUUAAAAUAUUUGUAUACAGGAAAAAUUGACUUUCAUUCAAUGUCCAUUGAUAUGGCUAUAGAUAUUUUUAUUAUAUCAAAUAAGUAUGCAUUUGAAGAUUUAGAAGAAUUAUGUACAAAAUAUUUUAAAUUGAAUAUUGAGGAAAAAAAUAUUUGUUCAUUGUUGAUGGUUUGUUUGGCGUAUGAUUUAAAAGAAGUUGAAAAUUUAGUUUUACGUUAUAUUGAUAAACAUGGAAAUGAUAUAUUAAAUUUACCAGAAUUUUUAGAUAUCCCUGGACAUUGUGUUGAAAAUAUAAUAUCAAGAAAUUCUUUUCUAGCUGAUGAAGAAAAUAUUUUUAUUACAAUUCAAAAAUGGUUAUCUGUAAGUAAAGAAAGAGAAUCAUUUAAAGAAUGUUUAACUAAACAUAUUCGUUUACCAUUACUUUCAAUAGAAUGUCUUUUUGGUCCUAUAAGAGAUUCUAAAUUAUUUGAUGCAAAUGAUAUACUUGAUGCAAUAAAAGAAAAGUAUGAAAAAAGUUAUACAAAUUUAAAUCAUAGGUGUUUUGUAAAGAAAGAGUAUGAUGUUAUGUUAAAUAGAUAUCAAAUUAUAUCUGGUGAUAAUCCUUCUAAGUUAACUUUACUACCCUCAUAUUCUCAUAAAAUGGAAUGUGAAAAUAAGGCAACUGGACAUGUAAUAGGAAAUGAUUCAGAAGGGGUAGUAAUUGAAUUUUCAAAUAAAUAUCUUAUUAAUAAUAUAACUUUUCGUUUGUUAGAUUUUGAUCAACGUUAUUUUUCUUAUCAUAUUGAAAUAAGUAUUGAUGGUAAAGAUUGGGUAAGAUUAAUUGACUAUGACAAAUAUAAUUGUAGAGGAGUACAAAAUUUAUUUUUUAAAGAAAGGCCUGUAAAAUUAGUUCGUGUUCGUGGUACUAGUUCAUCAAUAUUAAACUUAUUUCAAAUACUUACUUUUCAUGCUUUAUAUACUUGUAAUCCAAGAAAAGUUGACUCAAUUACAAAUAUUGUUAUACCGGAAAGGAGUAUUGCAACAACUAAAGAAAAUGCUUUAGUUAUUGAAGGAGUUUCUAGAACUAGAAAUGCAUUAUUAAAUGGUAAUUAUGAUGAUUAUGACUGGGAUAACGGAUAUACAUGUCAUCAAUUAGGAUCAGGUUCUAUUACAAUAUCUUUUCCUCAACCAUAUUUAGUUAGUACAAUGAGAUUAUUAUUAUGGGAUCGUGAUGAUAGAUAUUAUUCUUAUUAUAUUGAAAGUUCUGUUAAUGGAAAGACAUGGAAACGGAUUGUUGAUAAAACAAAUGAGGAAUGUCGUAGUUGGCAAAAUUUAGAAUUUGAGUCUGAAAUUAUUAGUUAUGUUAGAAUUGUUGGAACACACAACUCUGCCAAUGAAGUUUUUCAUUGUGUUCAUUUUGAAUGUCCAUCAAAUUUAAAAGUUAAAAGUAUUGAAACAGAAACUAUGGAAGAUUCUGUAUCUCUUUUGGAAGAAAAAAAUGAUAUCAGUAAUUUAUAA